UCAAAAUGGCGACCUAGCGACCAAAAGUUUGUUUUCAACUUUUCUACAAAAUGUCUUGAAAUUUAAAAAAUACCGAUCAAAAAGAACUCUAAAGAGCACAAAUACUAAACUACCUUCAUUCUGGUACUAAAAACACGACGAUAUCAAAAUGAUUCUGUCAAGGACCAAGCCAGCCAUGGGCCCCGGCUCGGGAACUACAGUUUCUUCUGCAAAAGACACGAAAAAGAAGAGAAAAUUGCCGAAGUUUGAGGACUUCUUGCAAAUGAGAGAUUUUACUGGCGCUUUGACUCUUCUAGAGUUUAACCGUAAUUCCGGGAAAGGCAAUGAAGAAAUGAGUCUUUGGAUUGCCUACUGUGCCUUCCAUCUUAGUGACUACAAGAAGGCAAUGGAGGAGUAUCUUGCUCUAACAAAGAGUGAAGCAUGUCAUCCUGACGUCUGGAUGAAUCUGGCAGGUUGUUAUUUUUUCUUGGGCAUGUACCAAGAAGCUCAGUCUGUCUCAGAUAAAGCACCUAAAAGCAGACUUCAAAACAGACUUCUCUUCCACCUCUCCCACAAGUUUAAUGAUGAAAAGAAGUUGAUGGGUUUCCAUCAGAAUCUACAAGAUAUCAUAGAAGACCAGCUAAGUCUUGCAUCCAUUCAUUACCUGCGAAGUCAUUAUCAAGAGGCCAUUGAUAUUUACAAGAGAAUCUUGUUGGAUAACAGAGAUUAUUUGGCACUCAAUGUCUAUGUAGCAUUAUGCUACUACAAGCUGGACUAUUAUGAUGUCUCACAAGAAGUGUUAGCUGUCUAUCUACAGCAUUAUCCUGACAGUGCAACAGCAGUAAAUCUGAAGGCAUGCAACCAUUUCCGAUUAUACAACGGCAAAGCUGCAGAAGCAGAAUUGAAGUCACUUCAAGAAAAUGCAAGCCCUUCUUUCAGCUUUGCUGCUGAUCUUAUAAAACAUAACUUGGUGGUGUUCAGAGGAGGAGAAGGUGCUCUCCAAGUGCUACCUCCUCUGGUUGAUGUUAUACCUGAAGCAAGACUUAACUUGGUUAUCUAUUAUUUAAGACAAGAUGAUGUUGUAGAAGCUUAUAACCUGAUCAAAGACUUGGAACCAACCACACCCCAGGAGUACAUCUUGAAAGGAGUUGUGAAUGCUUCUCUUGGACAAGAACAAGGAUCUAGGGAGCAUCUAAAGAUUGCACAGCAAUAUUUCCAAUUGGUUGGAGGUUCUGCUAGUGAAUGUGACACUAUUCCUGGUCGUCAGUGCAUGGCAGCAUGUUUUUUCCUCCUCAAACAGUUUGAAGAUGUCUUGAUAUACCUGAAUUCGAUCAAGAGUUACUUUUACAAUGAUGAUACAUUCAACUUCAACUAUGCCCAGGCUAAAGCAGCUGUUGGUAACUACAAGGAAGCAGAGGAGAUAUUUCUGUUGAUACAGUCAGAGAAGAUCAAGAAUGAUUACACAUACCUCAGCUGGUUGGCCAGAUGCUACAUCAUGAACCACAAGGCAAGACUAGCCUGGGAACUCUACCUCAAGAUGGAAACAUCAGGAGAGUCUUUUAGCUUGUUGCAACUGGUUGCUAAUGACUGCUAUAAGAUGGGUCAGUUCUAUUACGCAGCUAAAGCGUUCGACGUGCUUGAAAGACUGGACCCUAAUCCUGAAUAUUGGGAGGGGAAACGAGGCGCAUGCGUUGGAAUAUUCCAGCAAAUCAUUGCAGGCCACGAACCAAGGGAAACUCUUCGAGAUGUUCUUCAAAUCCUACGCAACACAGCCAACCCGCAAGUGGAGUACAUUAUCCGYACUAUGAAAAAAUGGGCCAAAGAGAAUCGCGUACCCGUCUCGUAACUYUUUUCCGUUCUAGCAGACUUCCUGUAGAAGAGAUGUCCCUUGCUAAGUAUGACGGGACGUGGGUAUUGAAUAUCUUCAUUAUCAAAAAGGCACGCUUAUAGAGCCUUUGCUCAUGGAUAAGCAUUUUCUAAGAUAUCUAACGAAGUGCAUUGUGGGAUUGCUUGGGUUCAACAUACCUUAUAUGGUUUUUGUACCCAAGCUAGACCAAGAUGCACUUUAUCAGUUGUUUGACGAAUUCGGAAAAGGGCUGCAGCUAGUGGUUAUUAGAGUCAUGCAUUUGACUUCACAUUAGCGGACCCAAGGUGAUUUCAAGCGUAUGUCUGUUAACUAGAAAGACAGUAUAUACCAUCCUUUUAAUAUUUUACAUUACUCUUUAUUUUUAUUUUGAAAAUUCUAAAGGGGUUGUUGCUAGCCACCCAAUCAAUCCCUUGGUUGUGCCCUUACUUGAGUAAUCUUUCGCAAAGUGAUUACCUCUGCGUGUAAAUAUGAAUCAGUUUUCGUCAAAAGACCAUGAAGGACAGGUCCUUCAUUGUCUCUUGGUCUUCGCUACAGUAUUUGCUAACUGUAAUCGUGAAAUAUUUAUUUCAAAGUAAACUACAUCUUCACCCAUCUUUGGAUAAUGUCUAAAUGAUGUGUGCGCAUGUUA